ACAAGUGCAUCGCCCUGGUCCUGGGCCGUCCCCUGCCUGGAGCCGCCUGCUCCUUAUAAAAGGGCCUCCUCAGCACACGGAGGCUAUCCUGCCGACACUCAGCCCUAGACCUUCUGCGGAGCAUCGGAUUCCUCGGACCCAGGAAAGAUGUCUUACCAGCAGCAGCAGUGCAAGCAGCCCUGCCAGCCUCCCCCCGUGUUCAUACCUAAGUGCCCGGAGCCUUGCCCUCCACCUAAGUGCCCGGAGCCUUGCUCAGCCCCAAAGUGCCCGCAGCCGUGUCCUCCCCCUCCGUGCCAGCAGAAGUGUCCUCCCAAGUGCAAUCGCCUCCCUGCAGAGCUGAGGCCCCCUGGGUGCGGGCGGCAGCCGUGGCAGCCCCUCGGGAGCCGCAGUGCCACAGCCGGGGCCGGGAGGCCCGCGCCUGGCCCUUCAUGCAGCUGUGAUUCCUCGGACCCAGGAAAGAUGUCUUACCAGCAGCAGCAGUGCAAGCAGCCCUGCCAGCCUCCCCCCGUGUUCAUACCUAAGUGCCCGGAGCCUUGCCCUCCACCUAAGUGCCCGGAGCCUUGCCCAGCCCCAAAGUGCCCGCAGCCGUGUCCUCCCCCUCCGUGCCAGCAGAAGUGCCCCCCCUGCCAGCAGAAGUGUCCUCCCAAGUGCAAGUAACAGCGCCCGCACCGCCAAGGGUCAUGAAACGGAAAGACCCAGGCUCGUCUCAGUCCCAGGACCCCAUCACCCUCCUUUCUGCCGAGGUGACACAUGCGUCUUCUCUCAGCUCCCACCUGAGCUGACAGCUCACAGAGAAAAGGCCUGGUGCCUGAGCUGAUGCCAUGCGGCUGGACGACGCACAGCGACAUCAUUGCCUCAUCUCGCUCUGCCAUCUUCGUGUGUCACUGGGUGGCGAUCUCUGUUCUGUGAGCCUUUGAGCGGCUAUUCUUUUGCUUCUCUAAUAAAGCAAAUAUUUCAUGCAUGA